UCCACACGCCCUUCGUUUUCUGAUAACGGUCUCAUAUUCCUUUUUGGGAUGUUUUUAAAUAUUUGUCUUUCUUUCUUUUUUUUAUUAAGUUUUUUUCAAUCGAAAUACCUUUAUAUCCCACUUUUAUUACUCUUAUGUUUUUUACUUUGUACAUGCUACUUUCUCAUUACUUUACUUUUCUCAAUAUAAUUUUUUUGGGAGGAGGCAGGGUAGUGCCGGGAACACAUCCCAAUUUUUUUAAAAAUAUUUAGAAAGUACAAGGGAUUUAAGGAUACAAGAGAUCAAAUGAAAAGAUACAUAAAAAGAAGAGAUACACACUAACAAUUAAAAUCUCUUGUAGGGAUUCCAACUGUAGCUCAAAUAUUUUUGUUGAAUUUGUUGUGGAACUUUAUUGCAUUCUGCAAAUAUGGUUGGUACGUUUUGGCCCCUGGGCGAGAUGAUUUAUAACGUUUGAGAACCGCAACCAAUUAAUGUGGUGAGUCAAGCCUCGUGUCGACUAGGUAUAAGUAGUAGUCUGUUUCAUCUCGGAGUUUAUGGGAGUGUCUUCGUGUUACCAUGAGAUGAGAAGUGUAUCCCACCUCAUGGUAAAGUUGUUUUACCUCUUGAACUGAGCUCUUUGAUUUGUUUUUCUUGUUUCUAACUUGCGUGAAUCCUUCAGGGCAAUCCACCUCAGCACAUUGUUGAUCUGGGAUAUCUGAAAAAGUAUGGAAAACGAAAGGAAGACCAUUCCACUAGUUCCCGGCCCGCAUUCUGAAGAGAGGAAUGCUAAGAUCCUUUCCUUUCCUGUUGAGGACCGAGUUUACGUGAAUCUGGUGUCCGAUUCUCAAGGUACGCCGCCUCUCCCUGUUGAGUAUGAAUACUUGGGAUUAAGGCGGUCUCGUAGGCACACUCCUACUGCACAUGAUUUGAAUCAGAAUUCGCAUGUCAUUUUCGUAGAAGAUUCAGGGCAAGGAUCUGAGGCUUCAAAGGAUGAUGGUGAGGGCACGAGUGCCUUUGUUCCUUUACAAGUUGUUUUCCCAGUCGUCACGAAUAAUCCCAUGCUUCCAAUCAAAAAUGCCACACCCACUGCAGCUACUUCGUCAAGUACUUCCCGCUUUGUUCCUUCUGAUCACGAACUGUUGGCAAUGGAUUCGAGGAGGAAAAGGAUACCUUCUAAACUGCCUGUCACUCCACUAAAGGUGCCUAAGUAUCCAGUGCCUAACGCUGCCAAUACUUCAAGUAUUCCUACCGUGGAACACAGGAUUGAUGCUGGGGCACCGUCACAUGCUAUGCAUUUAUCGUUUUCUCCGGAGUUCUGCAGUUUGAAGGAUGCGUUUGUUAUGAAGAAUGAGAUGGCCCAGCUCCAGUUGGCUUCCUCUGCUCAUGCUUUUGACUACAUGCCCCCUACUAGCGUCAUUGCAGUAGCAUCUGCCUAUGCAUUUCAGAGUAUUCAGGCGAGCCUUGUGGCUGCAGCGCGCGUCGCUUCGCUAGAGAAGACCUUUGACGAGCUAAAGAAAAGGGAGGCUUCAUUGGUAUCCAGACUUGACGAGGAUGCAAAGCUGGUUCAAGAGCUGGAAGCCAAUAGCUCUACUUUGUCUGCUCAGAUUUUGCAGCUUGAAGCCAGGGUCAAAUCCUUGGAUGCUUAUGGGCGCAAAAAGAAACAGGAGGUGAUUAAUGCGGCUUGCUACUACGCUUGGAAGACUAGGGGGAGCUGAUGGCAUCUUUUAUUGAAGGGGAAAUGUCCGACUGGACAGCUGAACAGGAUGUGGCUACCUAGCUGCGGCUCAAAGAAGAGAUGGAUCCGCCAAUUGGUGAGGAUGGCUUUGACGUGGGUCGUUCUGAUGACGAAGCUGAAUCAUAAUGCUCUCGAGAUCCCUGAAUGUACUCUUUACUCAAAUUUGUUGUGAACGCUUAGGCCUUUUUGUACUUAUUCAUACUCUGCUCACUUUAUGUUACGGUAUCCUGGUGGUUUAUCCGGGACGUAACGUUCUAUUGCUGAAUUCGGGUUUUG